UGGCAACUAAAUAAACAACAUGGCGUAUACAAAGUAAAUUCAAAUCAAUCAGGCUAUCAACUUUACUGAAAAAUUGUAAUAAGUAAUAAAUAUCCCAGCUUAGGUUAUAAAUUAAAAUGUAUUAUUCAGUAUAUUGAUAGUUAUAUUAUUACUAAUUAUGGAUGACUUAUUAAAUCCCUAGGCUACUAAAGCUAAAUACUUAGUUGUCUUAAUACUACUAUUGACUACUAUACAAUGACUCCAGGCUAUGACUAUCACUAUUGACAAUUGACUAUUAUUAAUAUCACUAUCAGACUAUAAACUAUCAAAGUGAGCAUUUUAAAUUUUAUUUUAUAAUUUAUAGAUUAAGAUAGGGACUAAAAUUGGAUUCAGAGGUGCUUGAAUUUGAGUAAUACUAAUACUUAGUCUUAGUACUUGCUUCAUUCAAGGCAAGGUCUACUCCGACUAAUCUGACUUUAAUCUUAUUAUCUGAAGUCACACUGAAGUAGCCUAGUUGGCCAAUAAUUAUUUAUAAUUAUAAUUGUUAAUAUUAAUAUAGUAUAGUAUGGGCUAAUAUAGGCCUAGCUCUAACUCUAACCCUAUUCCUAUAACAAUAUUGACAAUAUUGAAUAUGGACAAUAUUGAUGAAAUAAGUAGGCAUACUGUUAGUUUGUUAGUAAUAGGCCUAGCCUAUAAUAUAUAGCCCCAUAAUAUGAAAAAAAAAUUAAAGUUAAAUUUAUUUAUUAGGCCUAUAUUAUAAUCGAAGUGUCUACACGUCCGGCGCGCCGGACAAAUAGUGUGAGAGAUAUACGUCCGGCGAGCAUGUCACGUGACCGCGGGACGACUAGUAGGUGUUAUUAUUCCAAAGGAAGUAUCUACUACGAAGAUCUUGUGUGGUCAUGUGGUAUUGUGGCCGCUUGACGAUAUUAUAUUUGUGGAUCGAUUCCCCGCAUAGGAACCCUUUUUUUCCCCCAUUUUAAUUAAAAAUAUUUUAUAUUAUAUUUAUAUUGUCAUGUUCAUCAGCAACAGUAUUUUUAUGAGAAGUUUUACAAAAUUUCAGCAAUUUAAACAAUUUAAAAUGUUUACUUUACAAUUUAAAAUAUUUACUUUUAUUGGUUGCCUACUCCAUACUGCAUACUGGCCCCUAAUUAUAUUAUGGGUUGCUGGUACACAAACUCAAAUAACAAACUAAACAAAAAUGUUUACAAGCCACUUUCACUUCGGUUUUUUCUAUCAUUUGCAUGCAAGGUGUACAUUACUUGGUAGAGAAAUAGAUUUUAAAAUUAACAAUAGUUUUGAAUCAUUCCCGGUCACGUGACAAGGCUGAUGGACAAAAUAUCUCUCGCCACUUUGUUACGGCGGUCAUGUGACUUGGUCGCCGGACAAAUAGUGCGGGAGAUAUACAUCCGGCGCGCCGGACGUAUAGACACUGCCUACUAUAAUACAUAAAUUUAGCUUAAAUUUUUUUUUUAUGUAAGAAUAUGGUAACAGAUUUUCUGCAACCCUUCUCCUUCCCACAUAAAUUUGAAUAAAGUCCAAAAAUAGUUGAAACAAGCAAAUUUGAAAUCACCUUUAAAUGGUAGAUUCUGGCAGAUUGCCAAUGCUAAUUUAAUUUAGGCUAACUGUUACUGGUGCUUUUGAAAGAAUAUUGAAUUGUAAUUUUUAAAAAAAUAGGCAUGCAUUCUAAAUAUUCCUUUUUAUUUUGGGUUCAGUAAAAUACAAUUUCAAGAAGUCAAUUUUUUUCUUUUAGAUCUAAAAAUGCCAAAGGGUAAGAAAAGGAGUAAAGGUAAAGGCAAAGGUAAAGCAAAAGGAAAAGGCACAAGGGGCAAAGGCAAAAAUCGAGGGAAGAAGGCAGUUUUAGUUGGAGCAGAUGGAGAUACCAAAAAGCUAUUUAAAGCUUAUGACAGAAAUUGUGCUCUGAUGAACUCUCAGAUGUCUCCUGGAUUGAAGAAACUUUUAAGAGCUGCUGCUGAGGAAAACAGAAUUGUAACAAAGGUAGCAUAAAUAAAAUAUCCCAUACAUCAUACCUGCUUUUGGAAUAUGACUUUUUUUUGUACAAUAAGAAAAUUAUAAAUUCAUUAAGUUGUAUAAUUAAAAGGUUGUUGCCUAAUAAAUAGUUUUAUUUUUUUAACACAAAAAUAUCAAAUCCUGAUGAAACCGUCUAGGAUAAUUUCCCCUCCCUCACUCCACCUCACCUCUCCCCCCCCCCCCUUUUUAAAAAAAAUCUCCUACAGUAACAAAAAUCAAAAUAUCUUCAAAUUUAUUAUUAUUUUUUAUAAAUCUGCCCUUAAUAUUAAUUAUUCAUAAAUAUUUUUAUUUUUUUAACACAAAAAUAACAAAUCCCGAUGAAACCCUCUAGGAUAAUUUCCCCUCCCUCCCCCCCCCCCCCCUCCCCCCCCCCCCCCCUUUUUAAAAAAAAUCUCCUACAGUAACAAAAAUCAAAAUAUCUUCAAAUUUAUUAUUAUUUUUUAUAAAUCUGCCCUUAAUAUUAAUUAUUCAAUCUUGUAUGAUUUAUAGCAUUUUAACAAAUCAAAAGCAAUAUAAUUUUAAAAAAAUAAUUUUACAAGAUUAAUUGAAAUUCGUUUUCUCUUUUCAUGUUUACAGUUGAUUUUAGAGUCAGUGCCUGUGGAGAAAGAGGGGGAUUUACCUGUGUUAUUUGAACCAUUGAUGGCAUCCCUGCGACAAGAACGGUACAAACAUGUCAAGGACAUACAUGUUUGGGAUUACCCAUUGUCAUAUGAGGAUGUUGCUUCUUUGGUAUUAAUUUGAUUUCCAUUUGAAAUUUUUUUUUGAACUGCAAAAUAAUGUGCACUUUAUCAAAUUAACAAAAAAAAAAUUGGUCACUCAUUAAAAUUGGAUUACACAUUUUACUAUGAUUCUUUCAGCCUUCAUUGGAAGAGGAAUGCUUUGACUAGAAAUAAAACAGAAACAGCAUUAUUGAUAAUGUUAUUAAAUUGACAGACAUCCAGUUGUUUUUGUUUUAAGUUAAGAUUGUUGUCAAUUUAACAUAGGCAUAGUGUAAACAAUUGCAAAUUUUCGGAGGCAGCCUUGUGACAAAAUGUUGAUCAUGAGGUCCAUAUUGUCUUUUGACUUUAUUAUGGGAUAAAGUGGAGGCUGUCUCAAAGUUUUCCAGACUUAAUAAUGAAAUAGUGGAAGUUGGGUUAACAUUUUUCUGAUUGCUGUUUUAAAAAUUGUGCAUUUAUUUUUUAUAUAUAUAUAUAUAUGUAUUUUUUUAAAUUUUUUUUUUUGAAACCAACAAAAAAUUUGAAUACAAAAAAUGAAAAGUUAUUUAUAUGAACAAUUAUGACAUUUUUGUAAAUAUUUCAAUUUUAUAUUAUUAAUAAUGAAUUUAAAUUUUACAAUUGAAAUAUAGGCCUACUGGUGAAAUAUAAAUUGCAAUAUGGAAGCAUGAUCAUAUUGAGUGCCUUGCACAGAAAUGUCACAAUAUCGCUUCGUUAAGCCUUAAACCGAUAAGAAGAUAAUUUUGAUAUCCUUACACAUCAGGCACUUUUUCUUGAGAAGUCUGUCUACCCAGUUCGGCUCCUGGAGUUGUUAGACUGUUUGCUGGAUGCCCAAACCAUUCCACGUUUAGCAAAAACGUUUUAUGGCUGUGAACGUCUCACCACUCUAGUUUUAGACUACAAUGAGUAAGUUCUCAAUUGCAAUAAAUUAUAAUUUUAAACUUUUUGCUUAGAUACCUAUAAACCAGAUACAUGUGUCUUGAGAGAGAAGGCACCAACUUAAACUUUGCAUCUCUUACAAGAAAACCAUCUCAAAUGACUCAAUCACAUUUUUGUAUGAUUCUUGGUUACCAGGAAGAGACCACUCUUUAAAACAAUCUGCUCAUAGAUGUUAUUGAAGGUUUUCAAUGAUUUUAUCAAUUUGUUCAACUGACAAUGUAUCUUUCAUCCACAGAAGAGGGAGUCUUGUCUAAAGACACUCUUCCUCAAAUCACUUCCAAAAUAAAUGGCUAAAAAUUUUAUAUUUUCUUUCAGAUUUGGCGAUGAAGGUUGCAAAAUUCUCUGCAAUGGUUUAGAGAAUAAUGUCUCCCUGCUCUCCUUAAGCUUGUGCUACUGUAAUUUGGGGAUUCCAAGUGGCUCGUGCCUUGGCCAUAUUAUAUCAACUACAGCUGUUAGGUAACUUAUAACACGUACAUGUAAACUGAAAGAAAAAACAAAAGAUGAUUACAAGAUAGUUUCAAUUUUCAAAGUUUAUUUUAAAUUGAUUAUGGACUUCUCAUAUUUUUUUAGAAAUUUUAUCUCAAUUUUUAUCUUAUUCCCACAAACAAUAAUUUAUCAAAUUAUAAAAGUGGUUUACAACCUGUAAUGGAUGCAACCUGAUUAAAAAAAUUUAUCUUUUUGAGAACCCAAAUAAAUGAUGCAGAGGGUUAAACACUCAUGACACCAAAUUUGGGCAUCACUGUUGUAAAAUUUCUAAAAACUUGAUCAAAUCCAAAAAGAUGUCUGACUAUUAUAUUAAGCAUGGUUUUUAUGCUAUCACCUUAAUAACUUGUAAAGUGCCUUCAAACUAAAACUUUGGUUAAGCCAUCUUGAUUGGAGAUGCUGGGCUAUGAGAUGGGGAUGUGGGGUCAGGAGAAUGGUUUUGGAGUUUAUCUAAUUAAAAAAUGGUAGUUGAUGAAUUCUGUCCAGUGUAAUGAAACAUGACAUCUAUACUAACCAGAGAGCUCUUUCUUGAUGGAAAUGAACUUGAGUGUGAAGGGACUAUUGAACUAAUCAAACUGUGCGUGGAUCAGGCGGACAUCGAAGCUUAUGAGAGAGAGGAGGAGGCAAAGAAAAAGGAAGAAGAGAAAGCCCUGCUAGGUAUUGGAAGAUUUUCAAUUUUUCAUCAGUAUCUCAUAAGGUUCUUUAGGGCAGCAUUAGUUUAUGGUUUCACCAUCAUCAAGUAAAGAAAUAUGAUUGUGGUCACUAUCUGUAGCCAAUACCAAAAAAGGGUUGUAUCUUAUUAUGUUCCAUUGUACUGUUAACUAAAAUGUUUCAUUUUCCUUGUGAUAAUUACCUUCACACUAAAUAAAUGUUGAUGUAAUGUCUUAAAAUUUUUCAGUGGCUAAAGGAAUAGAUUAUUUAAGCCAUCUAAAUCAGGGGAAUCUAAUUAUAAUGUGCAUUUAUAUGCAUUUAAACUUAAAAAAAAAAUAUGAGUAAAGUCAGUUAACAUAAUUGUGGUUACGAAAGAGAACUUAGAGAACUUAGUGGUGAAAUGGUCGUUUCAUGUUCCAGAAAAGGUGAGAAAGUCCAGUUCCACAAGUGGCAUAGAGACGGCAGUAAGUGGUAGUGACAUGGAUCAGACUGAUGCAAUAUCUCUAACAGGAGGUGGCAAAAAGAAGAACAAGAAAGGUGGGGAUACAAAGGGUUUUUUUAAAUGUGGAAGAUCAUUUCAUGUUUAGUUUUUUUUCCAAGGGAAAAUUAGUCACCAUAAUUAGAAUACUUUUGCUUUCAGUUCUUAAUUAUGACUGAUGUUGAAAUUAAAAUGAAGUACUUUCAUUAAUCAAUAUUGUGUUUCCAAAUCUUUUUUUACCGCUGUACUGGCAGACACCUGGCCUAAAAUUGAUAUUAAAAACUUAAUUCACAAGCCAUUUUGUUUAUGAUUCAGUUUUAAUUUUUACAAUUAAGUUUUUGCAGCAAUAUUACACAUUAUGUGGCAUGAAACAUGACAACGUAUCUCACUAAAAUUGGUAUAAGACAAUUUAUGCACUGAGCCUUAUUAAAUUCUUGGUUUACCCCCAGGAAAAGGGAAGAGAAAAAAGAAGAAGAAGGCACCACCAAGUCCACCUCCUGUAGGACCAUGGCUACAUAAACUUCAUCUCGCUGAUAAUGGCAUCGAUGGGUACAGUAAAGGUGGUACAUUUGCUCCAGUUAUUUGCAUGAGGCUAUUUAAAAAGUGAGUACCAGUAUUGCCAUUGCUUUAAAAUAACUGUGCCACGGAAGGUUAUCCUAAUUGUUAAAAUUUCAUUCUUAAAAAAAUUAGUUCAAAAUAAUAUCCUUAGUGUAACACUGGGACAUGUCAUUCUAUUGCAUUUGCUUCUAGACUAAUGUAAAAAUAGAUUCGAAUUUUUGCUUUACUGUGACACAAGCUUUUUAAAUAAGGAGCAGAUUUGAUCUAUAUUAUUUGCGUAUAAAAUAUAACAAGCCAAAAUUAGAUUUUCUUUGUAAUUUAUUUAGGUUGAUAUUGUUUUAAGUACGGAAUUAAAUUUAUUAAAAUAGAAUGUAUUUGUCAAACACUAUACAGCUGAUAUGUGGUUAUUUUAAUUCAUUCUUGAUUAUUAUUUUUUGUUUCCUCCACUUUUUUAAAUGAAGACUUUUAAUGAACUCCAAGUGUCUGGUGGAGCUGGAUGUAGAAGACAAUUGUAUUGGGGAACUUGGUGGAAGAGAAGUGUUAGAAGGUCUGACACGUCGUAAAGAAGGUAAACCCUCCGACUGAAAGUUUAAUUUACUCUGUAAAAAAAAGUCAAUCCGAUAUUUUCCAGAAUUUAUUUAAAUUUGAAUUUAUGUAAUCGUGAACUUUUGGCACAAUUGGACUGAAAUAAUUAAUUAAUUUUUACAGUGGCACCAAUGCUAGUUAGUAGCUGGUGACUUUUAGGCUUAAGUAACCUGUGUGGCUGUUAGGCUUAAGUAACCUGGUGUGAUUUUAGGCUUAAGUAACCUUUGUGGCGGUUAGGACUCCCCUCUCUAAGACCGUCGCCCUUGUAAUAUUUUAAUGAAACAGUUUCACAUCUUUAUAAAAUUAGCCAAGCUUGGCGGGUGUAAAGCCAGGACAACUCACAAAAUGACACCUGACACCUUCAAGGCCAUUGUCAAACUGGGAGCAGGUCUCAAAAAGAAGGGAAAGAGGAGAGGAAAAAAAGGAAAGAAAGGAAAGAAGGGCAAAAAGGUGAAUAAUUAUUUUUAAUUGGUCUAUUGGCCAUCCAUAAAUGACAUCACGCAUCUAGGGGGAGUGGGACCAUGAAUUUGUGAUGGGAGUGUUAAUUAUUUUUUUUUAAAUUUUAGACAUUGAAAGAGGGGUAAAAGAAUUUGAAUAAAAUUGUGUCAGGGUAUUUAUUGAUGGCGCCAUUUAGUCAACAGAAACUGUAUUUAGUUGUUCCUCAAAAGUAUUCUUAAAAUUAAUAACUCAAAAAAAUUCUUUUUUUUAAAAAAUAGACGCACUUAGUAUUACAUUCAUCUAAAAUAUUUCUCUUGUAACACUUAGUAUGAUAUUCAUUUAAAAUAUUUAUCUUGUAUUUAAUUUAUGGGUUGUGUUAAAUUGCUUGUUUCCACAGAAGAAGAAAUAAUGGGCCCCUAACACAGUAAUGACUGUUAGCAAUCAGAGAUAUCAGCAGCAACUGCAGAAACUUUAUCAAACUCCGCCCACACUAGAAAUUUUAGCUUGUCAUUUUUAAUACUAUUAAGACUAUUACAUAAAGCUUACAAGAUAAGCAACUUUAUGAGGUUCUGGGUCUCAUCUUAAAGCACCACUGGAUUGGCCAGUAUUGAUAACUUAAUAAACAAGUCACAACAUGAAAGAUACAGUAAGCCAAUGGAUUGACAAAAUUCUUUGGUGAAAUUAUUAUAAACUUAUAUAUUUUGGAAGCAUUAAAUUUUUGCCUGAAUAUGGAUUGAUUUUGAGUAUUGAAAUGGCUCAGGGUACCUUUUAUUUUAACUUUUCACAUGCAUGUAACAAUAUUUUAUUUGAAGAGGAAUUUUUAUAAAAACAAUCAAUUUUAACUUUAUUGUAUGAGCGAUGUAUGUUCACCAUCUGUGAUAAGCUUUUACAUUUUUGUUUAAAAUGUUAUACCUAACUCAUAAGAGCAAUGGUGAAUGUGUAAUGCAAUAUAAUAAUUCAUUUGAAAGAAAAAAGCAUCUGUGAUAAACUGAUUAAAUGGUCACAAAUACUGUAAUAUCUAUAUUUAAGAGGACUGUUUAAUCAAAGAUGAUUUAAGAUGUAAUUUCCAGGGUUUACAGUAUAAGUCAUUUUAUUAUAAAAUACUUGAAACGGAGCCUGUCUCAUCAAAUAUGCAGACAUAAUUACAUGGAAUAUUUUUUAUUGGAUGUAUAAGCUCGGAAUGAUGUAAUGGGUUAGAAAUAGGUGAAAGAAUGUAUUUAAGUUGCAAAGGAACAAUUUAUGUUUUUGUAAGUUAACUACAAAAAAAAACAAUUCAUGUUUGCUAUUUUCUGUUCCUGAUUGUGAUAACUUUUUUCAAUACUUGAAAAACAAUUAUUUUUUUUUAAAGUACAAAAGCAGCUGUUUAAAUGUUUUGAAAUAUAGAUCUAUUUGUAAAGGCUUGAGAUGUUGUAAAAUAAAAUUUGAUCAAGUUUCAGUAAUG